AUGUCAUUCAAGGCGACUAUCUCAGACCCAGAAAGACACCAAAUUUGGUCUCGUACGGUAAAUGCACUUUCCACUAUCUAUGAGGACGUAAGGCUUACAAUAACGCCGAGUGAAUUGAUCGUAUGGAAUAUAAACAGUACAGACACUACAUUGAGCAAAGUACGUUUCUCAUCUCAAUUUUUCGAAGAGUAUACGUUCCAACCACGAGAAAUAAUCUUUGGUGAAAGCGGCAUCCAAGUUGUGACUGACUCUCAUGGUGUAGACCAUAAGUUAUACUCGCUCCAGAUCAACGGCCGACAUCUCAGUACCGUCUCCAAGAAACCAGAUGGCGAUGCCAUCAAGAAUUUUACCAUUUCCAUCAAUAAUUCGCCUACAUGUCCGGAUAUCCUGACCAAUCGACUUUUGGUGCAUGUUGAAAUGGAAUCUUUGAUUAGAAAAGAAUAUACGCCGCAAUUCCAACCUAUAGAAUAUGAUCCAAUAAUUAUUGAUCUGAAAUACAAGAGGAACUUCUUGAAUGUGUAUGGAUCUGCAAGCUCACUGCCGAAUGGUGAAAUGGAACACUUGGAUCCUAAGCUGCAAGCGAUCUUUAAUGAUUCCAGAAAAGAAUUAUCUGAGGCCCUCUUCAGCGAUGAUCCGAAAGCGGAUUCUAAGAGAGAUAAUAAGCUGACGGCAGCUGAUGAAAUUAAUUUUAUAUGCUGCAACCAAGCGUUACUGAAGAACUUCAUUGACAACUGCAAUGCGAAUGUAACCGAGGAAUUCAAGCUGGAGAUCAAUGUUCACAAGCUUGUGAUGACUGCGUUUACGAAGGCUAUCUAUGGUAAAAAUAAUGAUAUUCUGAAGAACACUAUGAGUCUGAGCAACACAAUCAGCGUCGCGGAUCUCGAACACUAUUGUUUGUUUACUACCGUAGACGAAGGUGAGUCUUCUAGCGCAGAUGGGAAGAAGGAUCAAACGAAAUCCAUAAUAUUUAAACUGAAAGAUCUCAAAAAUUUCCUGAGUACAACGUGGAGUUGGAAAACCGCUCAUAAUGAUAACUUGAACAUAUGGUUUUGCCAUAGUGGUGAUCCUAUUCUGAUAGAGCUGAAAAAAAAUGGCGUAACGCUACAGCUGGUUCAAGUAACAGACGGUAGCGGCGCACAUUUCGACCACGAAGAUCAUAUGGCUGGAACAGUGAUUAAGAAAGCAAUAUCCCCCGAGAAGUCCAAGAUUCAUGUCACUCACGGCGAUACCUCCGAUCCACGUCGUAGUCCUCUGAGAAGCCAUCAGAGGUACACCACCGAAACACGAACGAGCCCUCUGAAUGAUCGGCCUACGUCUACUGCCGCGCAUGCGCCCAGGCGACUCUUUGUCACCGGCGAUUCACAGCCGGCUUCGCAGAGGAGAGGUUCUGGUUCGAGACUUGACUGGAACGAUCAAGAUCGACUCAGCCGAGAGCCCACGGAAUUUGCUCCAGAGCCGACUAACACUGCACCUGUUCGUGCCGAAAGAACAGGUACUACGAUUGAAUGGGGAAAAAGGCCCCGAGAAGAGGAUGAGGACUUUUCAACUCUCGACAGACAGAGUGUGCUCAAAAAUGAGAAGAUCAAGCAUUUCCAGGCAAUAACUAAAAUGCAGGAAGCCGAGGGACUAGGCCCCACUCAGCAGACAAAACCGAAGGGUCUAUUCGAUUAG